ACCCAACACAGCAUACAUAGCUCACUACACUUUCCGUUUCAUUCACUACUCCCCCUCCCCGAGUCUCACUUCACCCCUCCCUCUCUCUCUCCCUCUUUCUCUCUCUCUGAGUCUCACUUCACCUCUCUCCCUCGGUCCCUCCCUCUCUCUCUUGGUCUCUCUUUCUAUUUCUCUCUGGUCUCACUUCACCUCUCUCCCUCUCUCUCUCUCUGCGAGUCUCUCUUUUUUAUUUCUCUCUCCCUCUCUCUCUCUCAGUCUCACUUCACCUCUCUCCCUUUCUCUCUCUGAGUCUCUCUUUCUAUUUCUCUCUCUCUCUCAGUCUCACUUCACCUCUCUCCCCCUCUCUCUCUAGUCUCACUUCACCUCUCUCUCUCACACUCCCACUUCACCCCCUCUCUCUCUCUGAGUCUCUCUCCCUCCCCUCUCUCUACAAAUGGAGAACACACCUCCUCCUCCACCCACCACUCGCAGCACCACCGCCUUCUCCGACACAGUCUUCGAAUGCCUCAUCCCCUACCUCACCGACCCUCGUGACCGUGACUCAGUCUCCACCGUCUGCCGCAGCUGGUACGACCUCGACGCGCUCACUCGCAAGCACAUCACCAUCGCCCUUUGCUACACCUCCACUCCUCACCAGCUACUCAAACGCUUCCAGCACAUAGAGUCUGUCAAACUCAAAGGCAAGCCACGCGCUGCCAUGUUCAACUUGAUUCCUGAAGACUGGGGAGGCUAUGUCAAGCCCUGGGUCGAUGUGUUUUGCCACAAUUUCGUUUGCCUGAAAUCGCUUCAUUUUCGAAGAAUGAUUGUGAAAGAUGAGGAUUUAAGAGUGCUUGCAGAGGCGCGUGGAGGGAAAAUUCAUGUGUUGAAGCUUGAUAAAUGCUCAGGGUUUAGUACAGAUGGGUUGUUGCAUAUCACUCGCGGUUGUGGGAAUCUAAGAACUUUGUAUUUGGAGGAGAGCGCAAUCGUCGAAAAGGACGGUGAAUGGCUCCACCAGCUUUCUUUGCACAAUAAAGUCCUCGAAACACUGAACUUUUACAUGACCGAUCUCACUAAAGUCAGCUUUGCAGAUCUUGAAUCAAUAGGCAGGAAUUGUCGUUCUUUAGUGUCUCUCAAAAUUAGCGAUUGUGAAAUUUUAGAUCUUGUUGGUUUCCUAAGUGCUGCCACCUCACUAGAAGAGUUUGCUGGAGGUUCUUUCAAUGAUCAACCAGAACAGUAUUUUCGUGUGCCAAUUCCUCCAAAAUUAUGCUUCUUGGGUCUUACUUACAUGGGGAAGCAUGAAAUGCCUAUACUUUAUUCUUUUGCAUCCCGCUUGAAAAAAUUGGAUCUUCUCUAUGCUCUCCUUGACACAGAGGACCAUUGUCGCUUACUUCAGAAAUGCCCGAACUUGGAAAUUCUUGAGACUAGAAAUGUGAUUGGUGAUAGAGGAUUAGAAGUUCUUGGUCGUUGUUGCAAGAAGCUGAAAAGGCUUAGGAUAGAGCGAGGUGCUGAUGAACAGGAAAUGGAAGAUGUGGAUGGAAUAGUUUCACAAAGAGGGCUGACGGCUUUGGCAGAAGGUUGUCUUGAAUUGGAAUAUCUGGCUGUAUACGUGUCAGAUAUCACUAAUGCAUCUCUAGUAUCCAUGGGCUCUCAUCUUAAAAACCUCUGUGAUUUUCGAUUGGUCUUGCUUGACCAAGAAGAAAAUAUAACAGAUUUACCGCUAGACUAUGGUGUUAGAGCUCUAUUACAGGGUUGCCUUAAGCUUAGAAGGUUUGCUCUGUAUCUUCGUCCCGGAGGCUUGACAGAUGAGGGUCUUAGUUAUAUAGGACAGUACAGCCAAAAUAUAAGUUGGAUGCUUCUGGGCUAUGUAGGGGAGUCAGAUGCAGGACUUUUAGCAUUCUCUAGAGGCUGCCCAAGGUUACAAAAACUAGAAAUGAGGGGCUGUUGUUUCAGUGAAAGUGCUUUGGCAUUUGCGGUGUUGCAGCUAACUUCUCUGAGGUACUUGUGGGUGCAAGGCUACAGAGCGAGUCCUACAAAUACAGAUCUCUUGGCAAUGGCACGUCCGUUUUGGAACAUUGAACUAAUUCCUGCAAGACGAGAUGCUGGGGUUGGUGACCAUGGGGAGCCUCUAGAAUGUGAGCAUCCCGCCCAUAUACUUGCUUAUUAUUCCCUUGCUGGUCAGAGGACAGAUUUUCCGGAUACAGUUAUUCCGCUCUCCCCAUAAAACUGUACUGUAUAUAUAGUUUCCACCGAGUUAGUACACUUUCCCUGUCUUCUUCAGUAGUCAAUUGAGUUGAUAGGCUCAUGUAUCUUUCUGUUUAACUUUAACUCCCCCUCCCCCCUUGGUCUGAGUGGAUUUUUGACAUGUAAUAAGUGUGUUUUACUAGGUAAUCGAGGAAGCACUCUUGUAGCUUUUGGACAUGUAAUAAGUUUGUUUUACUAGGUAAUCGUCGAAACACUCUUGUAGCUUUUUGACAUGUAAUAAGCUUGUAUCGACUUAGCGCCUUAUAUCCAGGCAAGUAA